AUGUCAGAUGAAGGCAUCGAACAGUUUCGUGUCGCAAGAGAUAUUCGAAAUGAAGCCGCAGAUUGCAAGCGUUGUGAGGAUCAGCGUGAUUACCUUCUGCAAUGGAGCCCUGUAAUCCGUUAUCUGAGUGACAACAUUCGACAACUCGGAGGUGAUCUCUCUAGCCACAAUAUCUACUGUCGCCGGUGUACGAAUAGGAAAGCUGGAGGCUUUGACCCGGACUUUGGGAUCCUGCUUUGCGCAAAUGAGAUGAAAGACCAAGGACAUCUCGAGGACACAAUGGCUCAUGAAAUGGUUCAUGCUUAUGAUCACUUGAGAUUUAAAGUUGACUGGGCAGAUAACUUGAGACAUGCGGCGUGUACUGAGGUACUAAAAACCUCCCUUAGUGGGGAAUGCAGAUGGGCGCGGGAGUUCUUUCGACGAGGUCAAUGGCGAUUCACACAACAACAUCAGGAAUGCGUCAAAAGAAGAGCAAUCUUGUCGGUGCGGGCAAGGCCUACAUGCAAGGAUGAAGCUCACGCCGAGAGGGUUGUAAACGAAGUUUGGGAUAGUUGCUUCAGAGACACUCGGCCGUUCGACGAAAUCUACCGUUGA